AUGAAUGCACAGAAGGCACGCGUUGCAUGUAUGUCAAAUAAGUUUAAAAACAUAAGAGAAAUAGGUGAGGAUACAUAUCAAGUGAUGCUUAAAGAUAGAUUUUAUAGAUGUGAUACAUGUUUACAAGAGGCAUUUUUUACUUUAGAUAACGCAAAAUACUGGUAUUUAGUUUUCAUUUAUGAUUUUAUGUAUAAAUGCAUGAAUGUUAAUCGUUUUCAUUUCAUUGAAGGUGAUACUGAUUCAUCUUAUUGGGCAAUCGCUGGCGACCCAAAUCUUCCUAACACUCAAGCAUUUCAAGCAAUUGUUACCGAUAAACAAUUUUAUGAUAAAAACAUUUUCAAAUUCGCACCAUUUGAUUUCUUCUGUUUUGAUGAGAAAUUUAAACCUAAAUUAAAGAAUAAAGUUGAAGAAAAAGCACAUGAGAAGAAGUUAUUGGGUUUAGCAAUUGAGAAACAAGGUGAUAACAUGGUUGCUUUAUGCCCUAAGUGUUAUACAUCAUUCAACGGUUCAAUUGAUGGAAGUGAUUUUAAAAAGAUUGCACAAAAAAUGAAAGGUGUUAGUUUACGACAAAAUAAACAAUUAACACCUAAAAAUUAUUUGGAUAUAAUAAAUGAUAAAGUUAUUUUCGAUGGUCAGAAUAUUAAUUUACAACUUAAAAACGGGUCAAUGACUCGCUUAACAAUCGGUAAGACUGCAUUAACAGGAGCACACACUAAGGCUGUAUGUUGUGAAAAUGGAUGUUGUAUGCCAUUUAUUUAA